CUGCAGCUGCUGCAGGCUGUUUCACGAUCAGCGUGACUGCGAGACGACCUUAAAACACUGACAGAUAGAUGAGCCCUGUGCAUGUUGAAAUUUAGUGAUAAAACGGAGAGAAAAAGAGGAAAUGAGUCUUUCCGUGGUCACUCCUUCUGCUUUAGCGACUUUUAUAGUAUAGCAGCGCCGGAGGAGAACGCAGUAAGGUGAGAUGAGGGACCGACUGAGUGAGCUGCAGACGUUGACCUCCAAACCUGCAGGGGAGGAGUUCAGGCUUGAGGACAACCACAUCACCGAGGAUGAGGAUCUGGAGCAACACGCCAUCGUCUUCGAGGGCGAGGACGUGAUGGACGGCAUCUACAAAGAGGCCCAGGCGUUGAGGAAGGAGAUGCUGCUGCUCAAACUGGACGUCAAGCGUCUUGGGAAGCAGAACACCAGGUUCCUCACGUCCGUCCGGAGGAUCAGUAGCAUCAAACGGGACUCCAACGCUCUGGGGCGGGACAUCAAGGCCAGAGCGGAGGCCAUUUACGCUCGUCUGCAGAAGCUGGGGAAGCUGAGCAAAGAGUUAGAAGAGGAGCACGGGCCCACAUCAGCUGUGGCUCGCAUGGUGAGGUCACAGUGUAUUUCUCUAAACAACGCCUUCCACGAGGCCAUGUCUGAGUACAACGAGGCCGAGAUGGUGCAAAGGGAGAACUGCAAGACCCGCAUCCAGAGGCAGGCGGAGAUCAUGGGCAAGGAGGUGACCCGGGAGCAGAUCGACGAGAUGAUCGAGACGGGCAAGUGGAACGUCUUCUCGGAUAACCUCCUCCUGGAGGGGAGGACUGCCAGAUCGGCUCUCAACGAGAUCGAGAACCGGCACAAGGAACUGCUGGAGCUGGAGAGCCGCAUCAAGGACAUCCACGAGCUCUUCUUCCAGUUGGCGCAGCUGGUGGAGGAGCAGGGCUGCAUGCUGGACAACAUCGAAGCAAAUGUAGGUGCGACUGAGGACUAUGUCGCCAAGGCCACGGUUCAGAUCAAGAAGGCCGUGAAGUACAAGAAAAACAAUCCAUGCAAGAAACUCUUUUGUUGCUGCUUCCCGUGCUGCAAUUGACACAGCAUCAGUGCUAUUUUUAUCUCAACAUUACGAGAAUUUAAAGAUAAGAUUCAAAUCAGCUUCCUCUGUAAAGAUGCCUGUAAUGGAUUGCUUAAGUUUGUGUAUUUAUUGAGCUCAAAAUGGAGCAUUAACGUAAUUUUUGAGCAGCAGUAGUGUCCGAAUUUGACACUUCACUAGUUUAAGCUGAAAAGAGGCCUCAGUUUAAAACCACACACCCAUAUGCAAAUGUGUACAGUAUGAUAUAAGUGUUAUUUCCUGAUUGCAGCAUGCAGGAUUGCCGAAGAGACGUCUAAGCUAUAAUGCAGUGCACAAGUUGUAUGUCAGCUUUAAACUUUGUAACGUAGUUGUGAAUUUUGUUGGGAGGAAGCAGGGGACAUGACGCCCUCGACAUUAAAGAGUCCAUUUCAUGAGCAUUUAAA